UAACAAUACACAUGAUGUAUAAAGAAUAAACCUAACAGGCUUAAUGUCAUCAUGUGAAUUUGGACUUGAUGGUUUCUAUAGCCAUUUUAACCAUUGUGCAUGGGAAACCUUGAGAUACAUUGAGUAUAUUAGAUAUGUCGCCCACCCCUACCUCCAAGGUCUCUAUGGUUUAUGGGCUGCUCUCUGAAGAGGCUUUAGUUGGACUCAGAUGCUGCUUUGGGUCCCAUCCACUGCCUGUCCACAGCCUGUUCACCACCUUUCUGCCGUCUGUCCACAGCCUGUUCACCACCUUUCUGCCGUCUGUCCACAGCCUGUUCACCACCUUUCCGCCAUCUGUCCACAGCCUGUUCACCACCUUUCCGCCGUCUGUCCACAGCCUGUUCACCACCUUUCCGCCGUCUGUCAACAGCCUGUUCACCACCUUUCCGCCGUCUGUCCACAGCCUGUUCCCCACCUUUCCGCCGUCUGUCAACAGCCUGUUCACCACCUUUCCGCCGUCUGUCCACAGCCUGUUCCCCACCUUUCCGCCGUCUGUCCACAGCCUGUUCACCACCUUUCCGCCGUCUGUCCACAGCCUGUUCACCACCUUUCCGCCGUCUGUCCACAGCCUGUUCACCACCUUUCCGCCGUCUGUCCACAGCCUGUUCACCACCUUUCCGCCGUCUGUCCACAGCCUGUUCACCACCUUUCUGCCGUCUGUCCACAGCCUGUUCACCACCUUUCCGCCGUCUGUCCACAGCCUGUUCACCACCUUUCCGCCGUCUGUCCACAGCCUGUUCACCACCUUUCCGCCGUCUGUCCACAGCCUGUUCACCACCUUUCCGCCGUCUGUCCACAGCCUGUUCACCACCUUUCUGCCGUCUGUCCACAGCCUGUUCACCACCUUUCCGCCGUCUGUCCACAGCCUGUUCACCACCUUUCUGCCGUCUGUCCACCUUCCAUCAGCAGCAUGUCCGCAGCCUGUCCACCGUCUUUCUUUUCAUGUUGCCUGUCAGCUCUGCUGAGCUUCUAUCUUUGCUUUUUGUCGUUCUGUUGCCCAGCCCCUCUGUGGUUCUGCUCUUCCUGAUCAGCGUCGUGUUGCCUUCAGGAACCUGUUCUGAAUCACGGCCCAGAUGGUUUUGAUUCUGCUGAUUUAGGCAAAAAAUAAUCAAAAUGUUCUGUUUGUUCUUCAUUAAUUAGUCAGUCUGAGGAGGACUCCUCCCUCACUCCACAGAUUUGUUCUGGCUUUAAUAAGCAGAAUCAAAAUGUCAUCUUUAAAGAGAUUAAAGUUAAGCCCCUUCUUUCUGUUU